AUGUGGAUGGAGGCAUCUAGCCGCGGCCCGGCAAGGCGGGGCUGGAGACAAGCCCGAUUUGCGGGCCCCUGGCGCCUCUGGCCUGCUGCCCUCCUGGUUCUGGCGACCUGCCUUGGGCCUGUAUCCAUGUCAGUAUUAGAAAAUAACACAAUAAAAGUGACAUCCACUGGAAGCCUUGUAUUCCAGAACUUUGAGGAAUCUAUGAGUGGAAUUUACACAUGUUUCCUUGAGUAUAAGCCUACUGUGGAAGAAGAAGCUAAAAAUAUUCAAUUAAAAUAUCUUGUGUAUGCUUAUCGUGAACCUCAUUUUUACUACCAGUUCACAGCUCGAUAUCAUGCAGCUCCCUGCAAUAGUAUAUAUAAUAUUUCAUUUGAGAAGAAGCUUCUUCAGAUUUUAACUAAAUUGGUUUCUGACCUUUCAUGUGAAAUUUCUUUACUUAAAUCUGAAUGCCAUCGUGUUAAAAUGCAAAGAGCUGGUUUGCAAAAUGAAUUGUUCUUUACGUUUUCAGUUUCAUCUCUAGACACUGAAAAAGGACCCAAGCCAUGUAAAGAUCCUAGUUGUGAAGCUUCAAAAAGACUUUCUAAGGCUAAAAAUCUCAUAGAGAGAUUUUUUAAUCAACAAAUAGAUGUUCUAGGCAGACGUGCAGAGCCACUUCCUGAAAUAUACUAUAUUGAAGGCACUCUGCAUAUACUUUGGGUUAAUCGCUGCUUUCCAGGGUAUGGCAUGAAUGUCCUGUCACAUCCAAACUGUCCUGAGUGCUGUGUUAUCUGCAGCCCUGGAUCUUAUAAUCCCCAGGAAGGAAUUCACUGCCUUCGGUGCAAUAACAGCCAGAUGUAUGGGGCAAAAAUUUGCUGA